AUGCGCUUCUCCAACCUCGCCCUCGCCUCCGGGCUCAUCCCCCUCGUGGCCGGCCACACAAUCAUGACAACCCUCUACGUCGACGGCGAGAACCAAGGCGACGGCGUCUGCAUCCGCAUGAACCGCGACGCCGACAAGGCCACCUUCCCCAUCGAGCCACUGGCGAACGAUGCAAUGGCCUGCGGCUACUCCGGCGAAAUCGCCUCAACCCGCACCUGCGCCGCCUCGCAAUCCUCAACCCUAACCUUCGAAUUCCGCGAAUACGCCGACGGAUCCCAACCCGGCUCGAUCGACAUCUCCCACAAGGGCCCCUGCGCCGUAUACAUGAAGCCCGUGGCCAACGCAACAGCCGACAACAACGCCGCCGGCGACGGGUGGUUCAAGAUCUACGAGAUGGACUACGACGAGUCCGACGCAAAGUGGUGCACGGAGAAGCUGAUCGAUAACAACGGGUUCAUGAGCGUGACGAUCCCCGAGGGAUUAAGAGGGGGCGAUUACCUCGUGCGCACGGAACUGCUGGCCCUGCAUGCGGCGCAGGAUAGCCCGCCCGAUCCGCAGUUCUAUGUUGGCUGUGCGCAGCUUUUCCUCUCCGGCAGUGAGGCGGGCAAUGUGCCCGAGGGCGUGACUAUCGAUGCGAGCACGUAUAGCCUCGACACCCCGGGGCUGACGUAUAACCUGUAUGCGACGCCGCUGUCGCUCCCGUACCCGAGUUUCGGGCCGGAGGUGUACGAGCCGAACACGACGACUUCUUCAACCUCGAAAGUCUCGGGUGCGCAGGCGACGCAGAAGGAUGGACUGCUGCCGGAAGGGUGCAUCCUCGUCCGCGACGACUGGUGCGGGUUCGAGGUGUCGAGUUAUAGCGAUGAGACGGGAUGCUGGGCGUCCUCCAAAGAAUGCUGGACCCAAUCCGACGAAUGCUGGGGCACGUACCUGGCGACCGGCAACAAAGUCUGCCAGAUCUGGCAGGACAAGUGCACGAACAUCGACGACCAGUGCAAGGCGGGGAACUACAACGGGCCCCCUGACGCCGGGAAGGUGCUCACGCCGACGUACAAGAGCGUUGACGGGAGUACCGCCGCGUUUUCGGGCGGCGUGAGCAGUGUUGAUUUUGAGAGCGGCAGCGGCAGCGGCAGCAGCUCGGGCUCGGGCUCUGGCUCGGAGAGUGGAGCGGCCAGCUCGACUGCGCAGGCUGUUGCGACGAGUCCGGCUGCGCAGACGGCUGUUGCGGAUGCGGAUGCGGAUGCGGAUGCGGAUGCGGAUGCGGAUGCGUCCAGCUCGACGGAGGCUGCUGCUGCUGCAUCCACCGAGACGGCUGCUUCUUCUGGCACGGUCUCUGGCUCUGGAAAGGGCCACGGGCGCGGAAAGGGAGCGGGCCGGUGCAAGGCUAAGCGCUCGCAUAAGAAGCGUCGUGCGCAUCAUGCUUGA